ACAGAAUAAACCAAAAUAAAUAUUAAUUUAAAAUAAUGGUUAUAUUUUAGGAGAUUAAAAACAAAAAAUAACUUAAAACCGAACCGAUAUCCAUUUUUAAAUAGAUUUGUUUUUUUUUUAUUAAAAAUAACAAAACUAAUAAUCAUAUUCUGCACAAGGCGCGGGUUAUUACCUAGUAAUAAUGUUGUUAGACGUAAUAUGAAACCAAAUAGUAACUAACUUUUUCGUCAUAUGAAAAAGAACCAUGCAACGGCGGCGAGAACGGAUCCGGAGACGGAUAUCUCCAUCGAUGAGGCUCUUCCCGUCGGAGCUGAAGCUUCGGGGCCUUCGCUGGCGGGUCCUUCAUCAGCGGACGACGAAGGAGACAUGUCCGGAGUGGGAGAUGGCGGAGAUGAGGCGGAAGGCGAGUCAGACGAGCUAGUGGGACCUUCAGCGCUAUCGCCAGAGCUUGAGUCGGGGCUUGACGCCGGAGUUUUGGUCGACGACGACGUCGGAGGCUUUGCAUUGGCUCCACCACCUGAAGAUGGGGAAGCGCUUGGAGUGGUGGUGGAGUUCUUCUUGGCGUUGGUCGGAGCAGAAGCCUUAGGCGGCGAGGUUGGAGCCGAGGCGGUUGAUUUUUGCGGUGAUGCGGCGGUUGAUUUUGGCGAUGCUGCAGCGGCGGGAGAUUUUGGCGGUGAUGCAGGGGGGGGUUUUGGGGAUGCUGCGGCGGCGGGAGAUUUUGGCGGUGAUGCUUGGGUUGAUUUUGGAGAUGCUGCAGCGGCGGGAGAUUUUGGCGGUGAUGCGGGGGUGGAUUUUGGCGAUGCUGCAGCGGCGGGAGAAGGAGAUGUUGAGCUUUUGUCGCCGUUAGCUUUAGGCGCUCCCGCUGGUUUUGGAGGAUCGGCAGCGAAGACGGCUGUAAUGGCCAAGGCGGCGACGGCGAGAGAUAGGAGCUUAAGAGUCAUUAUGUAUGUACUUUUUUUUUGAAUGCGGUAAUUAAUUAAUUUAGUUACUUGUUGUUUUUGUGUCUCCCGCGUGGUUUAUAGUGAAGGUGAAAAAGAUAUUAAAGCGAAGAAAAAGAGUUAUUUUGGAGAAAUGAAGGAAGAAGUAAGUUUUUAAUUUAUAGGAGUUUGACAGAUUUGACCGUAGUUAUGAUUGACCGGGUCCAUCGGAAAUUGUCUUAAAAAUUUAAUGGUUUCACCUUUUGUUAGUAAAAGAGAGAACAUGUGGUGAUGGUAAUCUCAACUUUCCAAAGACAAUAGAGAACACUUGACUAGUGUAAUGUGAAUUCUAGUGAAACUGAUAUUGUACUAAUUUUCUUACCAACGUCAAUAUAACUACCAUCUCUUUUCAUUUUUCUCUUACUUUUUCUUUCUUUAACUUCCACUUGCAAUGUAAUUUGAAAAAAAAAGAGAAAAAUUAUAUGAAAAAAGCUUAAGAAAAGUUCAGUUUUAUCAGAUAUUUUUUUUACUAAAUAAAUAAAGAUGUUCGAUGUUACAAAAAUAAUAAAGAUGUUAGUUUAUAAGUUAUUUAUGAAAUUUAUAACCAUUUUAUCUUGUAGGAUAAAUAUUUACAUUUUAAUCAUAUAUACUAUUUAAUUUUAAAUUUAUAUAUGUAACAUUUUAAUAAAUAAAUAAAUAUAUUUUGUGAACCAAGUUUGAUCCAAUGGUAUUAUAUUGAACCGAGAAUCUAUCCGGUUUGGAUUUUGGUUCGGUUCUAGAAAGAUAGAAUGAAAUGAAAGUAGAUGGGCUCAAAAAGGGCCCAUUAGAACCUAAAGGUUAAUUGGGGUUGAAGAAAACUCUCACUUCUUUUUGUUCUUCGCUUCAGCUCUUUCGAGAUUCGAGCAGAGUUCGCAUCCAUUCCAGACCUGGUCAAUUUCGCAGAAUGUCUCAGUCAACAGUGGAUGUUCCGCCGAAGGGUGGGUUCAGCUUCGAUCUGUGUAAGCGAAACGAUAUGCUUAUACAAAAGGGUCUUAAAGCUCCCUCCUUUUUGAAGACCGGUACCACCAUCGUCGGUUUGAUCUUCAAGGAUGGUGUGAUACUAGGUGCGGAUACCCGAGCAACUGAAGGGCCUAUUGUUGCUGAUAAGAACUGUGAGAAAAUUCACUACAUGGCUCCUAACAUUUAUUGCUGUGGUGCUGGAACGGCUGCUGACACUGAAGCAGUCACUGAUAUGGUCAGCUCACAGCUGCGGCUGCAUCGUUACCAGACUGGCCGAGACUCUCGGGUUAUCACUGCUUUGACCCUUCUC